GCACAAUGAAGACAUAACAAGGGGGAUUUUACUUGACUGACGGAAUUGUUGUCCAUUUGAAUCCGAGGACACUGAAGCUUUUUGCAGCGCAGUGAAGAUUGUUGGGCGCUUCGCGUUGAAGUGGGGUCUGGUAGCGCACUUAUCGCGGCGGGCUACCUCAGUUAAAACACCGGCAAAAAAUACAUGUCAAGAACUCUUGCGUUUCAGCACCUAAAACAAGGACAGUUCCUUUCCUUUCGCGAAACCUUCAACGCCUCAACUAGAGGGGGCAUUUGAAACAUUCCGCCUCUUUUUCCAGAACUCUUUGCACAUAUGAACACUUCCAGUGUAGCCUAGUGUAUCUGUAUUGCAAGCCUAAAAGUAACCUCCAAAUCCAUCGUCGGAGAAUCAGCAACUGACUUUGAGCUCAAUAUGUACCAGGGACAUUUGCAGGGAAGAGACUCUAGGGGUGCAGAUAAGACUGUUGCCAUGGUCCUGAAGGAGAUACCAAGUAAGGCGUCUUCCGAAGGGAAACCCCUCCUGACGGUGACAACCAAGCUGGUGAGUGAGCAACAAGAGAGCCGCCCCCUGCUAAGCCCCUCCAUCGACGACUUUCUCUGUGAGACCAAGUGUGAUGGAGCUGCCCGCCCAGUGACUUCAAACACAGCAGUUCUGACCUCCACAUUGGACCUACUGGACCUCAGCGAGCCCGGAGAGAGAAUGAACAGCAAACAGGACAAGAAGAGCCCUCUGUCGUCGUCGCAUGGGGAAGGGCCCAAGAAUGGGCCUCACCGAAAGACGACAACAGAUGAGACAGAGCUGAUCCGGGUGGCUGUGGAACAGACUGCCCCCAGCUCACACACUCCCGACUCAGUCAUCAUUGCCUCUCCUUUGGAGAAAUGGGAGGAGCUCAACCUCCACCCUGAAAGAAACAGCAGCAGAAAGUGGAAAUUGGAAAGACAACAUUCAUCGAGAAACUCCUCCAGCGAACAUCUGUGGUCCAUAGACUGCAAAACACAACCAGAGGCAACCUCCAUGAACUCAUUGGAAGGGAAUACCAAAGCAGAGGCAGAGCCAGCUCUAGCAUUUCAAGGCCGUUUGAGUAAAGAGCGGUUCGGUGGCGGUCUCCUGUCCAGAAACCAGUCCCUGGAGGAAGAGUUUGAGCGCGCCAAGGCGGCUGUCGAGUCAGACACAGAGUUCUGGGACAAGAUGCAGGCAGAGUGGGAGGAGCUAGCGCGACGGAACUGGUUAACGGAGAACGAGCAGGCCCAGACCCCCUCCAGUGUGUCGCCUCACGAGAAGGGCUACUACUUUCACACGGACAACCCCUACAAGGACUGGCCCAACGCAUUUGAGGAGGGGUUUCGAAAGUCCAAAGAGGGAGAUCUGCCCAACGCUGUCCUGUUACUGGAGGGGGCCAUUUUACAGGAUCCCCAGGACUCAGAGGCUUGGCAAGUGUUGGGGACCACCCAGGCCAAGAAUGAGAACGAGCAGGCUGCUAUUGUCUCCCUCCAAAGGUGUCUGGAGCUCCACCCCAACAACCUCCAGGCCCUCAUGGCCCUGGCGGUGAGCCUGACCAACACGGGCAUGAGGCAGGAUGCCUGCGAGGCGCUGCUGUGCUGGCUCCGCCACAACUCCAAGUACAAGCACCUGCUGAAGAGCAAGAGACACCUGGCGGGCUCCCCGGGCUCCCAACGUAGGAUGUCUCGUGUCUCUACAGUGGGCAGGAAUGAGAGCUCCCUAUUGCUGGAGGUCAAGGAGUUGUUCCUGGAGGCUGCCCAGCACAACAGGGAUACCGACCCGGACCUGCAGACGGGCCUGGGCGUGCUGUUCAACAUCAGCGCUGAGUUCAACAAAGCUGUGGAGGCCUUCAAUGCUGCCCUGUCAGUGCGGCCUGAGGACUACCUGCUGUGGAACCGCCUGGGUGCCACGCUGGCUAACGGGGACCGCAGUGAGGAGGCAGUGGAAGCCUACACCAGAGCCCUGGAGCUCCAGCCGGGCUUCAUUAGGUCCCGCUACAAUCUGGGCAUCAGCUGCAUCAACCUGGGAGCACACAGGGAGGCGGCCAGUAACUUCCUAACGGCCCUGAGUCUGCAGAGGAAGAGCCGGAGUCGGCAGCUCUCGCACCAGGUCAUGUCGGGGAACAUCUGGGCCGCCCUGCGGAUAGCCCUGUCCAUGAUGGACCAGCCAGAGCUCUUCCAGGCGGCCAACAUCGGAGACCUAGACCUACUCAUGAAAGCCUUCAACCUGGACAUGUGAGUGGAGAUGAGCCAUGGAGACAAGGCUCUACUCUCCUACCAACAGCCAAGAAUCCAAAGUGUACAGAUGGAAAGAGCGGUUUUGUCCAGUUGAUGACUAGUGUGUGGUCUUUUUUUGCACGCACUACAAGAAUUUGCCUAUCUUUACUACUCCUAAGUACCUCUGCAGUCUUGAGUACUGCAUGUGCUCGAAGAAGAGACUAUUUUGCGAUGGAUUUGCACUGCAAUUUGUGAUUUUUCCAGAAGAUCACAAGGACGGGCAAAGAUUGUACAAGUAGGGUAGAGUGGGGUAAGUCGUGCCAAUGGGUUGGUUGAGCCACCCCUUGUUUCUAGGAAACCAUACACAAAAUGAAUCGUGUGACCAAAUAUUUAGGACGGGGUUAUCAAUUCAUAAAGUCUGUGAAGAAAGAAACCACAUGGAACAAGUGGUAAGGAGGUCCAAGAAAACAAUUUUCACAAAGUCAAAUUAAUGUAUUAUAGGUUUCAUGACGCUUGUAUGUAAACCAAAGUAGAUAGUGGCUGCUUUGUAGAAUCUCAAAUAUAAAAUAUAUUUUGAUUUGUUCAACACUUUUUUGGUUACUACAUGAUUCCAUAUGUGUUAUUUCAUCGUUUUUUUCUUCACUAUUAUUCAACAAUGUAGAAAAUAGUACAAAUAAAGAAAAACCCUUGAAUGAGUAGGUGUUCUACAA